CUCCAACGUGAUGAGCCCUCCCCCGCUUUUCCCAUUUCCCGAGUGAUAAUCUGCAGCAUCGUCCCUCUGUUCCUCUCUGCUGCUCCUUCCACUGCCAGGAGGGCCCCCAUCUUCUUCCUCUUCUUCGUUGUUCUCUCUGGUUCAGGGUCUCGACUCUGGUUUCUUGAAUCAGAUAUCGGACUACCCGUUUGCUCCGUUAAGCUAUUUAAACGUUCUUGGUUUCUGGGCAGUUCCAAAUUCCUGGAGAGAUAUCGUUUCUCGACCCAUGAAAGUUGAAUCUUGAACUGAUUUUCCAUGCUGGGUUGAAGAUUUCGAGCCCAGUCCGUGCCCCUACUACCCCACCUUUGUAUUUCUUGGAAAAGUUGCGGUUCUUCUUCUUCUUCUGUCUUCAUGCUUAACCUCUUGUUCUUGAUGUUUGAGAUCCAUGUCUCCAGUUCUUUGUGAAAUCCUCCUCUCCGGGUGUAUGAUAAGUUCCUUAUUCAGGCGCAGGACCCACCUAGUUCAAUCCUUCUCCGUCGUCUUCCUCUACUGGUUGUACUACGUUUCAUAACGUCUGCAGAAAUUCCCCAUUAAUCUAGCGACUCUAUAUCUAUCUCCCUAUUGUAUCGCCAUAUCUAUUUUCCCGAAAUAAUCCCAAAUAUUUGCAUAACUAGUAGCUGGGUCCUGCUAUAGGCCUUAUAAUUAAUCUACCAUCUGCUGGAUAUUGGGUCUCAAACAAUCUGCUCAAAGCCACAAACUAUUGGCAAUCAAUCUCAUGGGUUCCUCGAGUGGGACAUCUUCAGGAUCAACCCUGAUCCAGAACUCGGGAUCAGAGGAGAACUUGCAAGCCUUGAUGGAUCAGAGGAAGAGGAAGAGGAUGCUCUCCAACCGCGAAUCGGCGAGGCGGUCUCGGAUGAGGAAGCAGAAGCACCUGGACGAGCUGGUGGAUCAGGUGGCCCAGCUCAGGAAAGAGAACCACCAGCUGGGGAACAACGUGAACAUCGUGAGCCAGCAUUACCUGAACCUGGAGACCGAGAACUCCAUCUUGAGGGUCCAGAAGAACGAGCUCACCCACAGGUUGGAGUCUCUGAACGAGAUUCUCGGUUUCCUGAAUGCAGGAAAUGGUGGGUUCGGAUCAUCUGAGGAAGUUGGUGGCGGCGUCGUGAUAGAUCAGCCCAUCGAUUGCUUCUUCAACCCAAUGAGUUGUGCUUAUGUGGCGAACCAGCCUAUCUUGGCAUCUGCAGACUUGUUUCAGUAUUAAUCUCAGAAGCAGCUAGGCGGUGAAUUUUAGCUUGUUUGGUAAGUAAGUGUGUGAGAGGAUAAAUGGGUUUUGGACUGUAAAUGGGGGUGUUGCUUGCUAUUGGUUGAAGAACUGUGCUCUGUAAUUGGCCAGUUCAGUAAUGAUAACUACUAGAUGUUAAUCUUAA